AUGACCACCAUCACGAGCAUCGGCAUCGGCAACAUGGGUGCCGCCCUAGCCACCGCCCUCCUCAACGCCUCUCCCAAUGCCCAAACCGCCGGUAAUACCCUAACCAUCUGGAACCGCACCCCCAACCGACCCCAAGUCACAGCCCUCAUCACAGCCGGCGCCCACUUCGAGCCCUCCCUCCCCGCCGCCAUCGCCCGCAGCAGCAUCCUCCUCCUCUGUCUCUUCGACUACGACGCCAUCACCGCGGCGUUUUCUGCUAGUCUUCCCUUGGCAGGCAAAACAAUCAUCAACCUAACCAACGGCACGCCCAACGAGGCGCGCGCCAUGGAAGCCUACAUGAAGCGCCUCGGGGCAGCGGGUUAUUUCGACGGCGGGAUCAUGGUUACGCCGCAGUUGGUGGGCACCCCAGCGUCGUUUGUGAUUUUGUCCUCGGGAUCGGGCAGCAGUGAGUCCGGCUCGCAGCAGCAGCAGCAGCAGCAGCAGCAGCAGCAGCCGGGGGAGGCUGUGGUGUUUGAGACGGAGAUCGCGCCAGUGUUGAAGCCUAUUGGUGCGAUUCAGUAUGUCUCGAGUACUGAUGCUGGUGCCGCCUCGUUGUAUGAUGUGGCAGCGCUUGCGGCGAUGUAUGGGAUGUUUAUGGGGGCUUUUACGGGGAUUGCGUUGUUGAAGAGGGGGUUGAGACGGUCUACCGUUCAGGGGGAUGAUGAGGACCGGAAAGGAGAUGGAAAUGAGAAGCUAGCGGCGGCCAAACCGGCUACUGACGCCGUCACGGUCCCGUUGCUGGCUGCGCUGGUGCCGUAUGUGAGUUUGCUCGCGGCGGGCGCGGACAAGGAGGACUGGUUGGAGGAUGAUAUGGGGAAUCCGCUGGCGAUGCAGGCGGCGGGGAUGCGGAAUAUUUUGCGGUCGUGUGAGGAGGAGGGGGUGGAUGGGUCGGGGAUGAGGUUUAUUUCGGAGUUGAUGGAUCGUGCGGUCGGGGAGGGGCUGGGGGCUGGGGCGGUUACGGCGAUUUCGAAGUAUUUGUUCAAGUGA